AUGGCGGUGCCGGCUCGGACCUGCGGCGCUUCUUGGCCCGGCCCGGUGCGGACCGCGCACCCCUGGCCCGGCCGUGGCCCCCGGCCCUUCCCUGACCCCCGGGGCCCAGCGUCCGGGCCCGCACGCCCGCUCCUGCUAUUGCUGCCGCCACUGCUGCUUUUACCGCUGCUCACCGCCCCCGGCGCCUCUGCCUACAGCUUCCCCCAGCAGCACACGAUGCAGUACUGGGCCCGACGCCUGGAGCAGGAGAUUGAUGGUGUGAUGCGGAUUUUUGGAGGCGUGCAGCAGCUCCGAGAGAUCUACAAGGACAAUCGGAACCUAUUUGAAGUCCAAGAGAACGAACCGCAGAAAUUGGUGGAGAAGGUGGCAGGGGACAUUGAGAGCCUGCUGGACAGGAAGGUGCAGGCCCUGAAGAGACUGGCUGACGCUGCCGAGAAUUUCCAGAAAGCCCAUCGCUGGCAGGACAACAUCAAGGAGGAAGACAUCAUGUACUAUGACGCCAAGGCUGAUGCUGAACUGGAUGACCCUGAGGGUGAAGACUUGGAGAGGGGUACCAAGACCAGCACGUUAAGGCUGGACUUCAUGGAGGACCCAAACUUCAAGAACAAAGUCAACUAUUCCUACACGGCUGUGCAGAUCCCCACGGACAUCUACAAAGGCUCCACUGUCAUCCUCAAUGAGCUUAACUGGACAGAGGCCCUGGAGAACGUCUUCAUCGAGAACCGUAGGCAAGACCCUACACUGUUGUGGCAGGUCUUUGGCAGUGCCACGGGAGUCACCCGCUACUAUCCAGCCACACCGUGGCGAGCCCCCAAGAAGAUCGACCUGUACGACGUCCGAAGACGACCCUGGUAUAUACAGGGGGCCUCAUCGCCCAAGGACAUGGUCAUCAUUGUGGAUGUGAGUGGCAGUGUGAGUGGCCUGACUCUGAAGCUGAUGAAGACAUCCGUCUGUGAGAUGCUGGACACACUCUCUGAUGAUGACUAUGUGAACGUGGCCUCAUUCAACGAGAAGGCGCAGCCUGUGUCUUGCUUCACACACCUGGUGCAGGCCAAUGUGCGUAACAAGAAGGUGUUCAAGGAAGCCGUGCAGGGCAUGGUGGCCAAGGGCACCACAGGCUACAAGGCCGGCUUUGAGUAUGCCUUUGACCAGCUACAGAAUUCCAACAUCACUCGGGCUAACUGCAAUAAGAUGAUCAUGAUGUUCACGGAUGGGGGCGAAGAUCGCGUACAGGAUGUCUUUGAGAAGUAUAAUUGGCCCAACCGGACGGUGCGUGUGUUCACAUUCUCUGUAGGGCAGCAUAACUAUGACGUCACACCCCUGCAGUGGAUGGCCUGCACCAACAAAGGUUACUAUUUCGAGAUCCCUUCCAUUGGAGCCAUCCGCAUCAACACACAGGAGUACCUAGAUGUGCUGGGCAGGCCCAUGGUCCUGGCAGGCAAGGAAGCCAAGCAGGUGCAGUGGACAAACGUGUAUGAAGAUGCGCUGGGGCUGGGGUUGGUGGUAACAGGGACUCUCCCUGUUUUCAACCUGACACAGGAUGGCCCUGGAGAAAAGAAGAACCAGCUAAUCCUGGGUGUGAUGGGCAUCGAUGUGGCCCUGAAUGACAUCAAAAGGCUGACUCCCAACUACACGCUUGGCGCUAAUGGCUACGUGUUCGCUAUUGACCUGAAUGGCUACGUGUUGCUCCAUCCUAAUCUCAAGCCCCAGACUACCAACUUCCGGGAGCCUGUGACCCUGGACUUCCUGGAUGCAGAGCUGGAAGAUGAGAACAAGGAGGAGAUCCGUCGCAGCAUGAUUGAUGGUAACAAGGGCCACAAGCAGAUCAGAACAUUGGUCAAGUCCCUGGAUGAGAGGUACAUAGAUGAGGUGAUUCGGAACUACACCUGGGUGCCUAUAAGGAGCACUAACUAUAGCCUGGGGCUGGUGCUCCCACCCUACAGCACCUUCUACCUCCAAGCCAACCUCAGCGACCAGAUCCUGCAGGUCAAGUUGCCAAUCAGCAAACUGAAGGAUUUUGAGUUCCUGCUCCCCAGCAGCUUUGAGUCUGAAGGACAUGUUUUCAUUGCUCCCAGAGAGUAUUGUAAGGACCUGAAUGCCUCAGACAACAACACUGAAUUCCUGAAAAACUUCAUUGAGCUCAUGGAGAAAGUGACUCCGGACUCCAAGCAGUGCAAUAACUUCCUUCUGCAUAACUUGAUUUUGGACACGGGCAUUACACAGCAGUUAGUAGAACGUGUGUGGCGGGACCAAGAUCUCAACACGUACAGCCUGCUAGCCGUGUUUGCUGCCACUGAUGGUGGCAUCACACGUGUCUUCCCCAACAAGGCAGCCGAAGACUGGACAGAGAACCCUGAACCCUUCCAUGCCAGCUUCUACCGCCGCAGCCUGGAUAACCAUGGUUAUGUCUUCAAGCCCCCACACCAGGACUCCCUGCUAAGACCACUGGAGCUGGAGAAUGAUACAGUGGGCGUCCUCGUCAGCACAGCUGUGGAGCUGAGUCUAGGUCGUCGCACACUGAGGCCAGCAGUGGUGGGUGUCAAACUGGACCUAGAGGCUUGGGCCGAAAAGUUCAAGGUGCUCGCCAGCAACCGCACCCAUCAGGACCAACCUCAGAAGUGUGGCCCCAGCAGCCACUGCGAGAUGGACUGCGAGGUGAACAAUGAGGACCUACUCUGUGUCCUCAUCGAUGACGGAGGAUUCCUGGUACUGUCAAACCAGAACCAUCAGUGGGACCAGGUUGGCAGAUUCUUCAGUGAGGUGGACGCCAACCUGAUGCUGGCACUCUACAAUAACUCCUUCUACACCCGGAAGGAAUCCUAUGACUAUCAGGCAGCCUGUGCUCCACAGCCCCCUGGCAACCUGGGGGCUGCACCCCGCGGUGUCUUUGUGCCCACCAUUGCAGACUUCCUUAACUUAGCCUGGUGGACCUCUGCUGCCGCCUGGUCCUUAUUCCAGCAGCUACUCUACGGCCUCAUCUACCACAGCUGGUUUCAGGCAGACCCGGCAGAAGCCGAGGGCAGCCCCGAGACGCGCGAGAGCAGCUGCGUCAUGAAACAGACCCAGUACUACUUCGGCUCGGUGAACGCGUCCUACAACGCCAUCAUCGACUGCGGAAACUGCAGCAGGCUGUUCCACGCGCAGAGACUGACCAACACCAACCUUCUGUUCGUGGUGGCCGAGAAGCCGCUGUGCAGCCAGUGCGAAGCGGGCCGGCUGCUGCAGAAGGAGACACACUGCCCAGCGGACGGCCCGGAGCAGUGUGAGCUGGUGCAAAGACCGCGAUACCGAAGAGGCCCCCACAUCUGUUUUGACUACAACGCGACGGAAGAUACCUCCGACUGUGGCCGCGGAGCCUCCUUCCCGCCGUCGCUGGGUGUCUUGGUUUCCCUGCAGCUGCUGCUCCUCCUGGGCCUGCCACCUCGGCCGCAGCCUCAAAUCCACUCCUUUGCUGCCUCUCGCCGCCUCUGAGCGACCCCCCCCCCCCGACACACACACACAC